AUGGAUAGGACCGCUAUCUUCCAGACACUGUCCAAUAACGACGAGUUGUAUCGCUCCACUCUUCGCGAUCACCGUGCCAUACCCACCCUUCUCUCCCCCUGGGAAUACCGCGAGGAGUUCGGGAUCGUACACCCGUCAGGCUGCGACGUCUGUUCCACCUACAUGCAGCACGUAGCCGAUGCAAGCUACUCUUCCCAUCAACCUGCGUUCCAGAUCGCUUUCCAGGAUCGCAAGCGAGCACGGGAGGACACAUUCGACAAGGGCCUGGCGGAGGGUAUCCGCUGUCAGAAGAGGGAGGAUGAGGACAUCCUCACAGACCUAGAUCGUUUCCGGUUCGAGCGCAACCAAGCACGCGAGGAGGCUGCCAACCUUCGUGCUGAACUGGAUGCUGUCCGAGCCGACGCAGACCGUUUCCACUCAGAGUUGAUGCGCUACCAGCGUAAUUUCGAUGUCUCCAAACUCUCCGACGACGCGCACGACUCUGGUGAAUCCACAUCGACGGCCGUUGAGCACAGGGAGGACCCAAUUCAUCUUGACGUUGCAUACGCCACAGUGUCUUGCAUUCACAGCCUCAAAACCACCCCCAUUGACGAUUCGCCUCCGCGCAGCAUCCAUCCCAUAUACUCUCGCCAGCCUUCGCCUCCCCUGUUUUCCAUCGCCUCCCCUCAGGCCCAUCGACCUGAUGGUGCCUCACUUGCUGCCAUGUUCUCCGCCAGUCAGAUUGGCUCAGACGAGUCCAUGCCCUUACUCGAUCCUCCUGCUAACUCCCAAGUUUGGACGACUGUUCAAUCAUCAGGAACGAAGUCUGCCAAGGCUCCGAAGACGAUCAAGCAAAUUCAAAGUCUGAUCAAGGCGGCUCAAGAGCCUGGCAAUUACAGUGCCCUGACGAAGGUCAAGGCCAUGUGCUCGGAUGCGCACAAGACGCCCAGGGAACAGAAGACCGAAGUGCAACGCUUCCUGCUCACCAACUGGCGCAGUCCCGGCUGGGAAAACCCCUCUGCCCCACCUCGGACGACGGUCCCCCUCAACAAUCCACGCCUUGACGAUCCCGUCGAGUGCUGGGUGGCCUAUUACGCUGCCAACCCUGGAUCCUGCCCCAAGGGCAUCCGUUUUGAUGCCGGUGGUCAGCCAUUCUUCUCUGACAUGAGGGCUAGCCGUACCGUUGCGCGCAUCCGGCCCACGAUUCAGCCAAAUGACCCUGAAUCUCGCGAGGCACGCCAGCGCUUCAUGGCCAUUGUCACGGAACUGUUCUCUACUCCGGGAGAGUAUGAGAACCUGCUGCGCCGUGCCGCAUACAGCGUUUGCCCGCACAUGACCUAUUUGUCGUAUACUUGCAAGGCGGAGGAGAUGACGGACAUCGGGAUCGCUUGCCACUUCGCCUCAUGCGGAGUUACGAUCACCAUGGCCGACAGUGAGCUGGGACCAUGGGCGCGUGAAUAUAGGCGUUCGGCAGGUGGAGAUUAA